CACUGUCAAAAGGGCAGAAGCAGAGUGAAUGACUUGCUAUUCAGUAGUCUGGCAACGCUUGAUGACUCAGCUGUUGCAGCUCGCUGGCAACACUGUCAGACGCUAAACAAAAAAGAAAAAUAAGCAAAAUGGAAACAGCGGGACCUGGUGCAGAAAUUGAGCUUCUCGAGCGCGUUCUACUGCGUCUGGGAAAUGCGGAUAGCGAUGAGAAGCUGGAGAACACAGUGGGCAAGUUCUUGACGCCCGUCAUUCUUAAAAUCAAUUCGCCCCACAAUGUGGUGCGCACCAAGGUUGUUGAGGUGCUGACACACAUAAAGCGGCGCAUAACAUCGCGCGGUCAGGUGCAAAUACCUGUGGAAGCACUCCUGGAUCAGUAUGCGGCCAACGACAGCACAACAAUUCUCAAGAACUUUGCCAUUAUUUUCAUAACCAUGGGUUUUCCUCGUUUGCCGCUGGAACAACAAGCUGCUCUGGCCGCCAAGGUGGUGGGCUGUGAAGGUAAAGUGGAGAACUACCAGGACAAGCUAUUUACGCUGCUGUUGCCCAUAUUGAGUGACAUCAAGAUUCCCGAUGAUCCGGCACAGCGGGCCGAGUUGCUUAAACUUAAGGAUAAGCCGGCAAUUGGCGCCAGUUUUCUAUCAUUGCUGCAGGAUGUAUUGUUGUUGCCGUACGGCAUCACACAGGAGCAGGAUGUGCCGCCCGGACUCAGUCCGUACAGUUUUAAGCGUGUCAUUGCCAACAAUUGGCGUGCCGAGGAGCUGGAGAAGAUUAAGAAGGGCAUUGUACGCUUUCUCUGCGCCAGCGUGUUCACCGACAACGAAAUCUUUGUGCUUCUCGUGGUCGCCUCUGCCGACACACGCUUCAGUGUCGCCACGCCCGCCAUCGCCGAGCUGAGCAAGCUGUGCACCAUGCUGGACUUUAACAAUCCUGCCGUCACCUCACCGCUCUACACGCUCUUUAUUGGUAACCAGAACCAGCUGACGGAGCGACAGACACGUCCCUGCUGUGCCCGAGUGCGUCAGAAGCUAUUGCAGUAUCUGAUCAAGUGUCGUAGCAAGGGCAUUAAUGUGGGCAAGGGUCUUCAGGUGAUCUUCGAUGGACUCUUUGGCACCAAUACAAAUCAGAAGUGCAAGGUGUUGGCGCUUCAGUUCGUGGAACUUGUACUAAAAGACGGUCCACGCGAAGUGGUGUCCAAGGUAUCCAAGGUAAUACUGACGGGCAUCACAAAGGUUAUUGGACGUGACUCCGUGGAGCCAAAUGAUGUGCAGAAUGCAGCAUAUUCAGCAUUGGCUCAGCAUGCACGCAGUUUUCCACAGGAUGUCAGUCAGGAUCUGAAACUGGUGCUGGGCUACUUCAAUAAUCUGGCCACCUGUGAGCCCAAUCUGCAUAGUUCCAUACGCGAGGCGUUGGUCUCCAUGGCACCGGCAUUUGCCUGGAAAACGAAGACUAAAUCCGAUGCCAUGGACGUGGACAGCGAUGGUGAUCCAUCGGAGGUGCAGCUAGAUGGACAACAGCAUCUGCUGCUGGCCAUGCUACUGGACAAUGCCGAGUCGAAAAUACAGAUUGUACAGAAUGUAACUAGCGUCUUCCUAACCAGCUGCUAUCCGGAAUUCUAUGCGCCAGCUCGUUACUUGUUGCUGCUCAUCGCUGGAGAACGCAAUUCGUUGCGCGAGAAUGUCACCACCUAUCUGUAUGGCACUUCCAAGAAGGAUCAUGUCAACUACAGCAUGCUUUCCUCCAUUGACCAGACGGGCAAACACAACAGCGAGUCCAUCAGUGACUUUAAUCAUCUGUCGCUGGAACAGCGACGUGUAGUGUUGCCCAGUUUCCAUGUCAUGAUGGCACAUGUCCAUGAAAUGGCCAACAAGAGGCUGAAGAAGAGCAGCUCUUGCGUUGUCGUUGGACGCACCAAGUUGCCAUACAGUCUGGAGGUAUACGAGGAGAUGCUCGACUAUUUGCGCAUCUGUUUAUGGUACUCGGCGGGCGUUGUCGCCGCUCCUGGCGAUGAGAAGUACACGCAUGAGCUUCGCAACUAUAUAAAGAUCAACUACAGCGAGGAGGAGACCAAUGCUCUCCACCAAUAUCUGCAAUUCGUGCAACGCGGCGUCGAAGCCAAGCGAACUGAAUCGAGUCUGCUCUGUCUGUAUGAUCUGUUGAAUGCUGCACCCGAGCUUUUUGCAUCCAAGCAACUGCAUCUGCUCGAACCACUGGGCAACUCUCUAAAGGAUGUGUCCGAAGUGAUGCGCAUUAAUGUCGCCCAGGUCUAUGGUAUACUGUGGGCUUAUGGACUGCAGGACGAUAAGUUUGAUCUGGAGGUGGGUGAGUGUCUAACCAGUCUACCGCAGAGAACAUUGGAGCACAAGCACGGCUGGCUUCUUGUGCUGGGACACACUUUUAAUCGGAAAAUCGAGCAGCUGAAGGAACAAAAGUCGAACAAGGAUUACGGCAACUGGACGCAGUUUAUAAACGCCGUCAAAGUCAUUGCCAAAAUGCUCUGUGAGACGCGCUGGCUGCUCGUCUCGGCGGCUGUGAAGUGCACCUCGAUGAUUGGCAAGACGGUGGAGAUUCCCAACGUGCAGGUGGAAAUCCAAGUGCCGUGCAGCAACAAUGACGACGAGGAUGAUGAGGAGUUGGCCGAGUACAAGAGCAUUGAGGCAUCCACCAAAAUGGUCAUCUUCGGCGUCGUCUUUCAGUUGCUUCGCAGCACCUCGGCCCGACAGAAGAUCCGCGAGGAGGCGGCCAAGUGUUUGGGUUAUUUGGCCAUUGGCGAUGGUGCACACUUUACCAAACGCAAUCUGGAGAAGUUUCUAACGUUGGCCAAGGUGCAAAAGGAUGCGGCAUUGAAUAUCGCCAUCUCGGAGGCCAUUGUCAUCACCUUGUGUGGCUAUGAUGUGAACAAGGGUCCGCCGACGGAGACAUUCCAGAAUGUUCACUGCACCAAUGAGGAUUUCGAGCAGUUUCUGAAUGCAUUAAUACGCCUGGUGACCGAGCCCAAUCCUCAGUCACGUCAGGCCAUCUCUGUGUGGCUGCUGGCGGUGGUGAAGCACUGCAGCAAUCGACCCGCAGUGCUCAGCAAGAAGCAACUACUCCAGUUUGCCUUCACCGAGCUACUCUCUGAUGAUAGCGAAUUCGUGCAGGAUGUUGCUUCACGUGGUUUGGGCCUUGUCUAUGCGCUCUCCGAUGCGAAUAGCCAAGGGGAGUUGGCCAACUCGUUGCUGGAUCAGCUAAUUGGGGGCAAACGUCAGGUGAAUCAAGUCUCGGGGGAUACGGAACUCUUUGCCGAGGGCAUGCUGGGCAAGACACCAACGGGUGGCAACAUAACCACCUAUAAAGAGCUUUGUUCUCUGGCCUCUGACCUUAAUCAGCCGGACAUGAUCUAUCAGUUUAUGCAGCUGGCCAAUCACAAUGCCACGUGGACCAGCAAACUGGGCGCUGCCUUUGGAUUAAAGACUCUCUCGGCGGAGUCGCGUCAGAAGAUGCAACCGUAUCUGGGAAAGAUUAUACCCCGCCUGUAUCGCUACAAAUAUGAUCCCACGCCCAAGAUUCAAAACUCCAUGAUAUCCAUUUGGGACACCAUUGUCAGCGAUUCAAAGGAGAUAACGGAGCAAUACUAUUGGGAAAUAUUGCGGGAACUGCUCGAUAAUCUUACCUGCACCGAGUGGCGUGUGCGGAUUGCCUGUUGCCUGGCUGUCCGAGAUCUGCUCAAGCGUCCCAAUGGACUGCGUCUUCGCACCGAGGAGCAGCUGCCCAUAGCUGCCACUGCCAAUCCGUCGGCCAGUCCGCGUCGUGUGACGCCCGAGACCAUGGAUGUGGAUGAGUUGCCGGAGCCAGAGCUGCGAGAGCUUUGGUAUCAGCUAUUCCGUGUCAUGGAUGAUAUACACGAGGGCACACGCAUGACCGCCCAUGGCACAGCCUCGUUUCUGGGCAAGCUAUGCGUGCUGGCUUCUUCCCUGGAGCAUGGCAAGUCGGGCACAGCUGUAGCUUCAUCCAUACUACCCUAUUUGCUGGAGGUGGGUGUGGGUCACAAGGUGGCCGACAUUCGCAAGGUCAGCAUUAAGACCAUCUCGGAUAUGAUUGAUUCGUCGGGAGCACUAAUUGCUCCACAUCUAGCAACGCUCAUACCAUGUCUGCUGCGUGCCACCGGCGAACUGGAGAACACCAAGUUAUCCUAUGUGUCUACACGCCUAGGUGCGGACAAUGAAGCCCAGGAAGCCGUUGACAGCUUGCGUGCCGAGGCUGCCAAAUCCCAUCAUACCAUGGAGACGAUCAACAAGUGUGUGCGAUUCAUUGAUUACCAAGUGCUGGAGCGGAUGACCCCUGAAUUGCUGGAGCUGAUGAAAACCAGCGUCAAUCUGGGCACCAAAAUUGGUUGUGCACACUUUGUGUGUCUGAUCAGCAUUCGAUUGGGCAAAGAAAUGACGCCACUGGUGGGCAAAUAUCUGGGUGCCUGCUUUGUCGGCAUCAAGGAUCGCAAUAUGACAGUGCGCAAAUAUAAUGCCAGUGCGAUUGGACACCUCAUGGGUCUGGCCAAGGAGCAAUCCAUUAAGAAUCUCUUUGGCAAGCUGGAUGACCUGUAUGUGGAACAGCCGAGCAAUCGUUCCAUUCCAUUGACCAUACAAGCGAUAAAUAAACGUCAUCAUGAGCUGCUCAAGGAUUACAUGGACUGCAUGCUGCCGCUUAUAUUCUUUGGCAUGCACGAGGAACAAACGGAGGAGAACAAGGCAAACAUUGAAUUGUGGAAGGAUCUGUGGAAUGAUAUUAGUCCGGGCGACGCUGGCAUUCGUCUCAAUCUGCAUGUCAUCAUACCCAAGCUGGAGUCGUCGCUGACUGAUGCCAGUUGGUCACGCAAGGCGCAGGCAGCCAACGUUAUCCAGAAUAUUGCCACCCGACUGAGCAGCUCUUUGGAGGAAGCGGAUCGCGUGCGUCUCAUUAGGCUGCUGCUAAGUGGCCUGCAGGGACGCACCUUCGAGGGCAAGGAGCGACUGCUGCAGGCUCUGGCUGCACUCUGCAAGAAUCUCGAUCGCCAGCACGAGAUCUGUGGCAACAUCAUUGAAGCCGCCAUGCGUGAGGCACGCAAACAGGAGCCACUGUAUCGCACCAUGGCUCUGGGUGCGCUGGGUGAUAUUCUGGAUGUGCUCGAGGCUGAUCGCUUCGAGGAGGUGUACAAUAUGAUCUGGUAUCUGAUAGAGAAGAAGGAGCUGCGUGCCGCUGACUCUGAUGAUGAUGACGAGCCCAGCACCAGUUUGGCCAAAAAAGAUUUGACAGCUGAUGAGCGCAACAAGCGUGCCCAAAUCCUGAACAAGCUGAAGGAGAUUGUCUGGGAGACGCUGGGCAAAUCUUGGCCGAAGCAUGCCAUCGUAACCCAGCACAGGUAUCAGCUCUUCUUUGCCGAGAACUGCACCAACAUCCUGAGCGAGAGCACGCGUCCCGUUCAAGUUAGUCUCCUGGCCGCCCUCACCAAGUACAUUGAGCGUCUGUACAUCUUCGACGAGGCAGCCAAGCUGCCGGAGUUGCCGCUGGAGCGCAACAAUCUGGAGAAGAAACCCAAAACGGAUGCACCGCCGCCACUGCAAACACGCGAGGCCAUCGUACAGAAGAUCUGCAGCGAUGUCCUGGCCGCAGUCACUCUAGCCUCAGCUGUACCCCACACGGGUCUCAAAAAGGAAGCCCUCAACAUUGUCCUUAUGCUGAUCAAGCGUCUCAGCCCAAACCGGGAUCAGGCAACUCUGGCGCUGCUCAAACAAAACUUCGAAACGAAUCUAACCAAAUUCCAACGCGACUCUGCACCCGAAGUCCGUUGUCGCAUCAAGGACAUUGAGGAAAAGCUAGGCAAACUGGACCACAACAAUUAAGGAGCACUGCGAUCUAAUUUUGCCAAAAAUUGUGCAUAAAAUUCGGAAAUAUUAAAGUGAAUAAAUACUUAACAGGAGAAGGAUCAGCUUCAAUUAUUGAUGUAAUGAAUUUAUGAAAACAAAAAUUAUAAUAUUUAUAUAUUCUGAACUAA